AUGGCCAACCCUCCCCAACCGAAAGCCUUUGGCUGCUUUCUCGCCCUUUCGUCCCUUCUUUCGUUAUAUACAUUUUCUUCCUUUUCUCUUGCAUUAACUAAUGUUGAGGCAGCUUACAUUGCACGUCGCCAGUUUUUAACUCUACCAGAAGGAGGUGAUCUUUCCGACGAACCCAAAGUUGAUGUUAAUCUCAAAUUUGACAACCCGAGGCUCAAAAAGGCUUACGCCGCCCUUCAAACAUGGAAGAAAGGUAUCUAUUCUGAUCCACUAAACUUCACGAGCAAUUGGAAUGGUCCUGAUGUCUGUGCCUAUAAUGGUAUUUUUUGUGCAGAGGCUCUAGACGACCCCCAAUUGACUGUGGUUGCUGGUGUCGACCUGAAUCAUGCUGACAUUGCAGGGCAUCUCCCUGUCGAAAUUGGGCUUCUCACCGAUGUCAGCCUUAUUCACCUGAAUUCCAACAGAUUUUGUGGAGUCAUUCCUAAGAGCAUCUCUAAACUAACAAUCCUUUUCGAGCUUGAUCUAAGUAACAAUCGGUUUGUUGGAUCUUUUCCCCACGUCGUGUUGAGGUUACCCGACCUCAAGUACCUAGACAUUAGGUUCAAUGAUUUCGAAGGACCAUUGCCUCCAGAGUUGUUCAAUAAGCACCUUGACGCUAUCUUUGUGAACCACAACCGGUUCCACUCCACCAUCCCUGAGAACUUCGGGAAUUCACCAGCUUCAGUAAUAGUGAUCUCUAACAACAAAUUCAUCGGAUGCAUUCCAAGUAGCAUUGGCAAAAUGGGGAACACGUUGGAUGAGGUCCUUUUCUCGAACAAUGCUCUUUCCGGUUGCUUGCCUGAAGAAAUUACUCUGUUGAAUGGCACAAAUGUUAUUGAUAUCAGCAAUAACAAGUUGAUUGGAGAUCUGCCUGUAGACUUGGAGUACCUGCAGAAUAUGGAAGUUGUAGACAUUGCAAAUAAUAUGUUUAGAGGAAAGGUUCCUGAUAGCAUUUGCAGCUUGCCAAAUUUGAAAAAUUUCACGUUCUCUUCCAACUAUUUCGUGGCGAAAGACCCAACUUGCCAACCUAAUGAAGUGGCCGAUCUUCAGUCGGACGACAAAAAUAAUUGCUUUGGCAAAGAGGCACAACAGAGAUCGGAAAAGGUAUGUCAGGCUGUCUUAAGCAAGAGCGUGAAUUGCAGUGCUGCAGGCUGCAGACCUUCGGAACCAAAUGUGAGUCCGAAGCCCCCAGGCUCGCAUACUCCAUCUAAACCAAGGCCAAAGCCAGUGGCACCACCAAGGGCGAGGCUAAUUCCGCCAUCUGUGAAAACUCCGCCUACACCAUCAACACCAAAACCACAGGAACCAAGUCGUAAACCAACUCCACCUUCAUCGAUUCCGACACCCAAACUGCAACCACCACCAACGCCAAAACCCACCACUCCAAAAAUAUCUCCACCACCAAUGCCAAAACCCACACCCUCACCCCCCAAGGUUUCCAAACAGACACCACCAACGCCAAAACCAAAGGCACCACAACCAACACCAAAGCCCACACCCUCACCACCAAAGGUUUCUCCUUCACCGCCUCCACCAAGUCCAAAGUCGAAUCCUCCAAAACAACCAAAGGCUUCUGUUCCACCUACUACUGCCCAACCACACAAGGGUACAAUUCCUCCAGUUGUUUCCAACCCACCAACUCCCGCUCCAAAGCCGGCUCUAGUCCCAACUCCUGCUCCCACAGCAAAACCAUCUAAACCAGCUCCUAUUCCUGUGCUGCAGAAAUCAACUCCACCUCCGGUUGCCUCGCCACCUAUCUACUCAUCACCACCACCCCAGGUGCAGUCACCCUCGCCAGAACCUAAACUCUCUCCUCCACCAAUUUUCUCCCCACCACCACCAGUUCACUCUCCCCCACCCCCAACACCUAAAUUUCCACCUCCUCCACCUCCAGUACGGUCCCCACCACCACCUGUCAACUCUUCCCCACCACCAGCACCUAAACUCUCACCUCCAUCUCCAGUGCAGUCCCCACCACCACCUGUUAACUCUCCCCCACCACCGGCACGUAAACUCUCACCUCCUCCACCUCUAGUACAGUCACCUCCACCUCCACCACCAACACCCAAACUCUCACCUCCUCCACCUCCGGCGCAGUCCCCACCACCACCUGUCAACUCUUUCCCACCACCAGCACGUAAACUCUCACCUCCACCUCCAGUACAGUCACCACCACCAACACCCAAACUCUCACCUCCUCCACCUCCGGUGCAGUCCCCACCACCACCACCAGUUAACUCUUUCCCACCACCAGCACCUAAACUCUCACCUCCACCUCCAGUGCACUCCCCACCACCGCCUGUCAACUCUCCUCCACCACCAGCACCUAAACUCUCACCUCCACCUCAGCAAUCGCCACCCCCACCUGUCUACUCUCCCCCACCUCCAGUGCAAUCAUUACCACCACCCUUCCCAGACUUUGUACUCCCCCCGAACUUAGGCUUCCAAUACGCAUCCCCACCACCACCAAUUUUCCCGGGCUAUUAA